UUUAACUUAGACGUAUAACCCACCAAAAAGGGAAUUUAUUAGGCUUGCUCUUUUCUCUCUUUAAAAACAUAAUUUUAACUGCAUCGCUGGAAGCAAUGUCAAAAGCUGUCAGGAGCUAACUCCCUGCAAUGUCUCUGAGAACCCUGUCCGUAAAGGCUUUCCUGUUCCUGGGGCUUUGUCAGGUUGGACGCAGGGGUCUCGCCUCUGCCCCUGAGCUCACAGAGCAGCCCAAGAAAAUUGCCGUUGUGGGAGCCGGCAUUGGGGGAACGGCUGCAGCGUAUUUCCUCAGGCAGGAGUUCGGACCUGCCGUCCGGAUCGACGUGUACGAGGCAGGAACUGUAGGAGGGCGUUUGGCCACUGAGAACAUUGGAGGAUAUGAAUAUGAAAGCGGAGGAUCUGUUAUACACCCGCUAAAUUUACACAUGAAGCACUUUGUGGACAAACUAGGUCUGUCUCAGCGUGCCGAUGUUCCCUCGAGGAUGGCCAUCUUCGACGGGAAGGAGUUGACCUUUGAGGAGAGUGAGUGGUUCAUCGUCAACGUCCUGCGCAUGCUCUGGCGCUAUGGGCUCAACUUCCUGCGCAUGCACUUGUGGGUGGAGAGCAUCCUGGACAAGUUCAUGAGGAUUUAUCAGUACCAGCAGUUUGGCCACUGCUUCACCAGUGUGGAGCGUCUGCUGCAUGCUAUGGGCGGAGACUCCUUCCUGACCCUCCUCAACAACACUCUGGAGGAAACCAUGCUAGCCAACGGCUUCUCCCAGGCCUUCAUCAAUGACAUCGUGACACCGAUCACACGUGUUAACUACGGCCAGAGUGUUCGCCUCCCUGGCUUCGUGGGAGCUGUAUCUCUGGCGGGCGCAGACUCUGGCCUCUGGGCCGUGGAUGGAGGGAAUAAGAGGGUCUGCUCUGGCCUUCUGUACCACAGCAAGGCUGAGCUCAUCCCGGCCCGCGUCACUGCCGUCUCCGUGAAGACAAGGCCAGCCAAACAUGGUGCUGUAGCGACCUUUUAUGAAGUGAACUAUGUUGGCGAGUCUGGCCCUGCCCACUCCCUUUAUGACAUUGUGAUAGUGGCCACGCCCCUUCACCAGGACCUGUCUGACAUCAGCUUCUCGGGCAUCUCUCCGCCAAUCUCUUCCCACUUCCCUGGCCGCUACCACCAGACCGUGGCCACGCUGGUCCUCGGCCAGCUCAACGUCUCCUACCUGGGCACGGAGCAGAAGCCGAGUGACUUCACUUUCUCGGACAUCCUCACGACGGACAGCAAGGCCCUCGCCAUCAACAGCCUGAGCUCUCUGGACCCAGCCCACAUGCCGCCAAACUACAGACAGCAGCCGGCCAGCCAGACCAAAGUGUGGAAGGUGUUUUCCCAUGGGCCGCUGUCAGAGUUGCAGCUGCAGGAGCUGUUUUUGUCCCGGGAGCAGGUACGAGAGCGACGCUGGCUAGCGUAUCCCAACUACAGAACCCCUCAGCGCCGCAUCCCGCCCUUCAUCCUCCACGACCGCCUCUUCUACCUCAGCGCCAUCGAUUGGGCUGCCAGCGCCAUGGAGAUGAGCGCCAUCGCCGCCCGCAACACUGCUCUGCUCGCCCACCACCGCUGGUACAGCCAGACGGAUAAGGUAGACCAGGAAGAUCUCCACACCCGCCUCCGGGGGGAGCUGUAGGCCGAGAUGGCACAUUUACCUUCAAGUGUUGCCUCACAGGAGAGGCAAGAGACCUUCACCAGCGGAUUCAAAUGAACUGUCCUCUUGCUCUGUUUGUGUACGUGUGUGUAUAUACAUAUGCAUAUUUUCUAUGCUGAUUCUUGUUAGUGAUGCUAAUUUAAUCAGGUGGUACAAAUGACAUGAUGAUAAUUAAUAGUUAGUUUUCCUCCACAUUUAUCAAGAUGAGCGUUUGUGCACAACCCAAAAGCACUAAUAACUACUGAGCCUUAUGGUUUUAAAUGGCCUUGAGGGAGUCCUUUUAGACUCUUGCAGUAGUUUACCAUCUACAGGUUUGUUUGUUUUUUAAUUCUAUUCCUACAUACAAUGUUAGAUUUCAGCACUGAUGUCCCUUUAGUGAUCUCCAGCAAUAACUAGAGAUUAGUGAAAGCCCCUGAAAAGAUCAAAGAAUGGUCAGACAUAUUGGUCUACACACGGCUUCUGUUCUGCAUGUCUAAGUUGAUCAGAUUUUCCAGCAUUUGGUGUUAAUGUAGUUGUGGUGUGUUGGGUUGAAUUAAUGUUUAAUAACAUAAUUAACACUGGCUACCUCUGAGGACUUGUCUUCCAUUGACUAAAUAAAGGACUCUAAAUUCUUACUAAAUAUUACAACAAUUUGGAGAAUUCAUAUUCCAAUAAUUUAAGUUGUUUAAUCAUGGUUCAGUUAAAUUUAAUCAUAACGACAGUCGGUGCCAGCAGAUGCAGCUACUAAACUGUGAACUUUGAGUUUCAGCAUUUGCUAUAAGAUUCACAUGACUACUUCCUGUUCAGUAGAAAAAUGAUAUUCAUAGCACUUGUCUGCUGACAUGGUGCUGGAGCCAAAAUCCUGAGCGGUGCUGUGCAUUUCCACAGCAAAAUCAUAGCUUCUCGGCCAAAGACGUCGGUGCUGUUCUGACCCCAUAACCUUCAGGUCUAACCAACAAAUCUGUGGCGUGUUUACUUGCCUCUCCGCUAUUUACAACAGAAAUUAGGAACACAAGAUAAGACGGCAAGCCUCACUAAGGAAUGCCGCCGUCACUCAUUUGGUGAAAAGAGGGCCGGAUGGAGGAAUACGUAGAUGUAUUAAACGAGCUUUCCGUUUUGGCGCCCUCUGCUGCUCCUUUUAGACAUUGCUGGAGUCGACUGAAAGGAACCCUUCAGAAUCUGAGACACAGUUUAUGCAUUCUAGCUGAUGUACAAGAUGCGCCUUUGACUUGAACAUCUAAGCAGGCCGUUAACUGUUAUUGAUGUGACUUUCUUGUUUUCACUAAGCACUGAGGGGAAAAAAAAUCCUUUGUACUGUUCUUUUAUUCUUUAUUGGGUGUUUUGGGUUUUUUUUCUUCUUUUUUUUUCCAUUGUUUUUGUCUGUUCCCAGGAAAUACUUUGUUUGUAUGAAUUCUGACAGAUCUGUGAUUAUAUUGGCAAAAUAAGGGAUUUAAUAAUUGAAAAAACAAUAAAUAAAACAACAG